AUGGCUAGAAAGUACCGGUGGGAGUUCUAUGUCCCAAACGUCAUAUCCGGUCUGUCUGGCGCCAUUGUGAACUCGGCUUUUCGUGUCCAGUACUCGGAGUUGGUACUGAAAGGCAGCGAGGUCGAGUGGUUUGGCUUGCAGGUAGUCUUGUCGUGCGCCACGGCAUGGGUCAACUACGUCGCGAAUGCACCACUACAAAAUGCAACGAGACAGCUGCGCUCCCCCUCAUCAUCUGCCUGGUCUUUCUGGCAUUACCGGUGA